GGUUGUUAUGCUUACGCAAAACGGUCCAUUAAGCCGUCAAUGGAAUCAAAACAGCAACCUUAAAACACCAAAGAGUGUGAGAGGGAGUUGUGGGUGUUUUAGGGGCUUCAUCUAAAUGCGCAGCGCAUAUCAGGGAACAUUGCGAGUCUGCGCAGAGAGGCGCCCGGUGUUGCAACACAAGAGAACAGCGAGUGAUAUCCAGACCACGUUUCUUAGUUUGCAUCUCGGCUUUUCUUUAUAUGUUCACUAUCUCUCAUUUCUUACAAUCAGACUGUUGUAAGAGACACAUCCAUCCCCUUAUUUUUGUGGGAGGGAGAACAUUUCUUUGUCUGUUGAACUUGAAGUUUUUCGGUUCGUCUUGAGGUAAUGUCCGUGCACAAGCGCGCGCCGCAGCCGUGAGAGACAGCGCGAGACAGUCUGCAUUCGGCACGUCCUUUAGCGAGACCUCCUGACUACAUGGACGGUUCAAAGAUAAUUUGAAGAACUGCAGCAGUUUUCCAGCGAACCUGUUUACCGUCCUGCACUUUAUAGUUCAUCUCCACAGCUGAUCAGUAUAUAAUCGCAUCAGUGCUCCAGACAAAAUGGCUUCCAUAGAGAGAAAAUGUCAGCACUUGUUUUUGCUCAUCCUUUUGCCUUUGAUCUCAUGCAUGCACCCAGACUGUGUCAUGCAGCUAGAGAAAGAGAAGUGCAUGGAAAGAAUGGCAAUGGAUGAUCCUAACAGUGAACCUGAAUUAGUCUGCAGAUGGAUGUGGGACAAUCUCACCUGUUGGCAGCCGGCAAGAAUUGGUCAGGUUGUCUGGAUGCCCUGCCCUGAUUUAUUUGACUUCAUGAGCCAAGAAAACGAUGUAGACUUUGGAAAGGUGAGUCGUAACUGCACAGAAUACGGCUGGUCAGACAUGUUACCUCACUAUGUUGACGUUUGCCUUUUUAAUGACAAUGGAACAAACCCACAGGAUAUCUACUAUGUGUCAGUAAAGGCUCUGUAUACUGUGGGCUACAGUACGUCACUGGUGUCUCUCACCACUGCCAUGGUCAUUCUCUGCAGGUUCAGGAAACUACAUUGCACCAGAAAUUUUAUUCAUAUGAACCUGUUUGUAUCCUUCAUCCUGAGGGCAAUCUCAGUCUUUAUUAAAGACGGUAUUUUAUAUGCAGAGGAGGACAGCAACCAUUGCUUCAUGCACACCAUGGAGUGCAAGGCGGUGAUGGUAUUUUUCCAUUGUUGCGUUUUGUCAAACUACUUUUGGCUGUUUAUAGAGGGCCUGUACCUUUUCACUCUACUUGUUGAGACAUUCUUUCCUGAGAAAAGAUACUUCUACUGGUACACCAUUAUUGGAUGGGGUACUCCAGCGAUUUGUGUGACAGUCUGGGCUGUCCUUAGAGCUCAUUUUGAUAACAUUGGGUGUUGGGACAUUAAUGACAAUGCUGCCAUCUGGUGGGUUAUCAAGGGUCCUGUUCUUGCCUCUAUCAUGAUUAAUUUUCUACUCUUCAUUGGCAUCAUUAUAAUCCUGGUGCAAAAGCUUCAAUCUCCAGAUGUUGGAGGGAAUGAAUCCAGCAUUUAUCUGCGUCUGGCCCGUUCCACACUUCUCCUCAUUCCCCUGUUUGGAAUCCAUUAUACUGUGUUUGCUUUUACACCAGAAGAUGUCAGCAAGAGAGAAAGACUUGUGUUUGAACUUGGUCUUGGCUCAUUUCAGGGUUUUGUAGUAGCUGUCCUUUACUGCUUUCUUAAUGGAGAGGUGCAGUCAGAAAUCAAACGGAAAUGGCGCAGCUGGACGGUGAACCGCUACUUCGCCGUGGAUAUGAAGCACAGGCAUCCGUCCCUGGCCAGCAGUGGUGUGAACGGAGGCACCCAGCUCUCCAUCCUCAGCAAAAGCAGCUCACAAAUUCGCAUGUCCAGCCUGCAGGCUGAAACUCCGGCCACAUGAGAGCUCAGAAGACCGCACACCGUUCAGAAGUGCAGACUGAAUACCAAACUCCUCAAAACUGCAUCUGUAUAAUAAUCUACAACAAAAUCCAAGCAAGGUGUCCUCCUUUUUGGGGUUUGUAUUGUAUUGGAUAAAGGUGUAAUGAACAUUGAUGGUCUGUAGAGGGCAGGCUUUGCUAUGGAAAUCUAAGGAGCUCACAAUCACUAAUCUAUUGUGUGCCAAACAAUGAUGGAUACUUUUGCUAUGAACUGAGUUGAUCUAAAAGGAUUGGAAACUAAGGCCACAGGCUGUGUACUAUAGAAAUUGAUGAAUCCAUUGAAAGCCAAUGUUUUUAGUGAUGAUCGGGUAAUGAAGAACAAGGUGGAUGUCUUUGUACAUACCAACAGUGAAUCUGUUUCACUUUCUCUAUUUUGUGAAACUUGUGUUUAUGCUCAAUAAGACACUUUUUUUUCUGAGGAUACAGCUGAAGAAGAUAUAAAGAGAGUUACAUCUGGUGUUGUGGUAAAGGGACACGUGCCACGAAAAGGUUUUUGAAGGAGGACGAACCACAAUUUUCCCACAGGAGUUAAUCAGUCCCUAAAUUCCGACUCUUGAUACACAGACUCAAGUCAAAGUCAUGUAAAUAUCCUCAAGUCUAAAGAAAAAAUGAUAGAUGCCAUGAAUUCUUUUUGGUGAUUUGUUCUUUACUGGUAUAUCUGAAUGGAUGUUUUUUUGGGAGCAGUACAGUGCACAUGGUCAUGUGACCUUUUUUCAGCUUCAGACACAGCCUAAAAGUGAAGCUUAAACCUCAAUCUGAACAUUUCAGUCUGGGGCGUCAGACCGGGGGUAAAACCAGUACUGAUUACCAGGGCCCCAAAGGAAGAGAGGGCAUUGAAAAGUCUGGAAUAUAUUAUGGGGAAUGGGGGCCCAUCAGGACUGCCUAUGCAUAGGGCCCAAGAUCUUGUACAACGCCCCCGAUUUCAGUCGAAGAGCUGAAACUUUUAUACUUUACUCUGGUUGGUUAGAUGAGAUUUUUCUUCCGUGGAACCUGAUGACCUCAUGUGUUACAUCACUUGAUUUCAUAAGAGGACUCCUCAUUUCAUUUUUAAUGUGGUUUAGAUGUGCUUCUAGUUUUUGAAACAGCCGCUAUUACAGAAAAUGUCAAUUAAAGUAUGGCAAUGCAACAACAGACAUGCCACUAGAUUUGGCAUAUUUACUUAUAUAAUUGGUUAAAAUGGGUUUGUUAUAAGACAUCUAUUUCCGCAACAAACAGUGAUUAUUGGGUCUUUUACAGUGAAUUUAGAGAAAGAAAAUAAAUAUGAAUUUAAAAUAAAUAAAUAAUUAUGAAUCUUUACAAUAAAUGACCAAAACCACUGAAUAAUUUCAUCGACUAAGCAAAUUUUGUAAAACUUUUUUAAAGGAAAAUUUUCAGACUAAUUUUCUAAUACUAUUUGACGUUUUGCUCAUUUUGUAAUUUGAUGAAAUAAAUAUUACUAGUAAGAUACCACAGAUAGCACAUUUACAAAUAGAGCACUAAAGAUUCCAAAGAGUUUUUUGUUUUUGACCCCUACGAGACAGCACCUGCCGUACUAGUUUGCAGAGGAUUAAAAGUCUUUGCAACUGAUGUCACUAAACUGAAAAUAUUCUCAUGUUUUUUUUCAAAGUGCCUGUUUUUGCAAAGAGACAUUUGUUUUUAUUUUAAAGUAAUGCUACAACAUAUAUAAAACUGCAUCCCUGUGUGAAAGUGCUUUAAUUUUUACGCUUAUAAAACAAGAGUUCAUCAAAGCCAACAAGACAAAAAGGCAUUCAUUGUCAGUAAUGUUAAAAAAAAAUGGCAAAUGCUUUGUGUUAAUUGAUGAACUCCAAUAAUAAAGGGAAUGUAGGUUAUUUGCUUAAAUAUAAUGUAAGUUUUAAUGAAAAUUAUUAUGAGACAACCCAUCCUCACCCCAUGUCGUCAAUAUUUGACGACACUUGACCAUUCGUCAAUAUGUGACGGGGAGGGUAUACCUUUCGCGUACUUUUUUGAUGAACUGGGGACUUCAAUACUAUUACGUCCGUUGCAUUCUCUUUCCUAUUUUCUUACCAUUUUCGCGUCGGUUUAGGGUUAGAUUUACAUAAUGACAUCCCUACCCAAACCUAACUCUAACCCCAACGCCAGGUGACAACUGUUUCUAACCCCAACGCCAGGUGACAACUGUUUAAUUUCGCGUACACUGUUUAAUUUCGCGUACACUGUUUAAUUUUGCGUAAUCUAACCCUAAACCGACGCGAA